GAGAGGCGGCCCGGAAGCGGGGCACGCAAGCACGCAGCACGCAAGCGCGGCCGUCCGCCGCACGCCCGCCCCGGCUCCGGCUUUCACCAGCAGCGCUGCCCACCCGGCCGAGAUGCUGCGGGCCUGUCAACUGUCGGGCGUUACCGCCGCGGCGCAGAGUUGUCUCUGUGGGAAAUUUGUCUUUCGUCCAUUGCCGCCAUGCCGUAGAUACUCCACUUCAGGCAGUUCUGGGUUGACUGCUGGCAAAAUCGCUGGAGCUGGGUUUUUGUUUGUUGGUGGAGGUAUUGGUGGCACAAUUCUAUAUGCCAAAUGGGAUUCCCACUUUCGGGAAAGCGUAGAAAAAACCAUACCUUAUUCAGAUAAACUCUUCGAGAUGACUCUGGGCGCCCCGCCUUACAAUGUUCCAAUGCCAAAGAAACAGGUUCAGUCUGGUCCAAUGAAGAUUUCUAGUGUAUCAGAGGUAAUGAAAGAAUCUAAACAGAAACAGAGAGAGACACCGGCUUUAACAGCACCUACAGAGGCAGCUCAAAUUAUUUCUGCAGCAGGUGAUACACUGUCGGUCCCAGCCCCUGCGGUUCAGCUUGAGGAAUAUAAAAAAACUGAAAUUGGUGAAAGAAAACACAAGCCUGCGGUUUCAGAAGUAGCAUCCUCAACUUCUGUAGGGGAGCGACCACCUGAAGAAGUUGCAGCCCGCCUUGCACAACAGGAAAAGCAAGAACAAGUUAAGAUUCAGUCUCUAGUCAAGAGCUUGGAAGAAUCCCUGGGCCUCACCGCUUCCGUCACUGUGCAGGCCAUUGCUGCUCAGAAGGCUGCGGUCCAGGCCGUUAGCGCACACUCCAGCGUUCUGAAGGCAGCCAUGGACAACUCAGAGAUUUCAGGGGAGAAGAAAGCAGCCCAGUGGCGCACGGUGGAGGGUGCUCUGAAGGAACGCAGAAAGGCAGUCAGUGAGGCUGCUGACGCCCUUCUCAAAGCCAAAGAGCACUUAGAGAAGAUGAAAACUACACUUGAAAAUGCAAAGGAAAAAGAUGUUGCAGGGGCCAAGCCGUAUAUAACUGCGGCAGAGGAGAAGCUUCACAACAUGAUAGUCGAUCUGGAUAAGAUGGUCCAGAAGGUCCAGGCAGCACAGUCUGAGGCCAAGGUUGUGUCUCAGUACCAUGAGUUGGUGGUCCAAGCUCGGGAUGAUUUCAGACGGGAACUGGACAGUAUUACUCCAGAUGUCCAGCCAGGGUGGAAAGGGAAAAGUAUUUCUGAUCUAGCUGACAAGCUGUCUACAGAUGAUCUGAACUCUCUGAUUGCUCAUGCACAUCGCCGCAUUGAUCAGCUAAACAGAGAGCUGGCAGAACAGAAAGCCAAAGAAAAGCACCACAUUUCACUAGCUUUGGAAAAACAGAAGCUGGAAGAAAAGCGGGCAUUUGACUCUGCAGUGGCAAAAGCAUUAGAGCAUCACAGAGGUGAAAUACAGACUGAACAGGACAGAAAGGUAGAGGAAGUGAGAGAUGCCAUGGAGAAUGAAAUGAGAACCCAGCUUCGCCGGCAGGCUGCUGCCCACACGGAUCACUUGCGAGAUGUCUUAAGGGUGCAGGAGCAGGAACUGAAAUACGAAUUUGAGCAGGACUUGAUUGAUAAGCUUGCUGAUCAAGAACUACAGUUUCGUCGGCUCAGUCAGGAGCAGGUUGACAACUUUACUUUGGACAUAAACACUGCCUAUGCCAGGCUGAGAGGAAUUGAACAGGCUGUUCAGAGCCAUGCCGUUGCCGAGGAGGAGGCGCGUAAGGCUCACCAGCUGUGGCUGUCGGUGGAAGCGCUGAAGUACAGCAUGAAGACCGCAUCCGCCGAGCAGCCCACGGUCCCUCUAGGGGGGGCGGUGGAGGCCAUCAAGGCCAGCUGCGCCGACAGUGAAUUCGCCCAAGCUUUAACCGCAGCUAUCCCUCCCGAGUCCCUCACCCGGGGGGUGUACAGCGAAGAGACCCUUAGAGUUCGGUUCUAUGAUGUCCGAAAAUUGGCCCGAAGGGUAGCUAUGAUUGAUGAGACCCGAAAUAGCUUGUAUCAGUACUUCCUUUCCUACUUGCAGUCCCUGCUCCUGUCCCCACCGCAGCAGCUGAAGCCACCAGCAGAGCUCCGCCCCGAGGAUAUAAACACCUUUAAACUACUGUCCUAUGCCUCCUAUUGCAUUGAGCAUGGCGAUCUGGAGCUGGCGGCAAAGUUUGUCAAUCAGCUGAAAGGGGAAUCCAGACGAGUGGCCCAAGACUGGCUCAAGGAAGCCCGAAUGACCCUAGAAACAAAGCAGAUAGUGGAAAUCCUGACGGCAUAUGCCAGCGCCGUAGGAAUAGGAACCACCCAGGUGCAGCAGGAGCAGGUCCAGUAAGAGCUUUGUAAAGCCACACUUGGUGUCAGGAGAGCUGCGGCGAGACAUGAGGGUUUGCAACAGGGUCCCAGAAUGGUCUAGAAGGCGGGCAGUGACCGUGCUGCUGUAAAUGUUCACACCUGUUGCAUUUCUGUUCUUUCCAUUUGCUAUCAUGUCCGUGAACACCGGGAGUACUUUCUUUGCAACUCGUGUAACAUUUUCCGUUUUUCAGGUUUUACUGAUCAGGCUUGUGAGCCAAUCAAAAUAAUGUUUGUGAUCCCUAUUACUAUUGAUUUUGCCCUUGGAGCAAACUGAAUAAAACAAAGAUGUAAACUGA